GGAAUUUCCUUAUUAUUUUGGAAUGAGUCAAGAAUCGACCCAUGGUCAGUACGUUCCUGAGCCGGAGCAUGUGAGCGUGCAUACGGUGAACACCGAGGGUUCGAGUUUCACACCUCCGGGUGACGGAGGGCAGCAGAAUCAUCCUGAGCCAGCGGGAAAGCCGCCAGUUGUACCACCCCCAGUCGUACCACCUCCAGUGAUGCCACCGCUGGCGAUGCCGCAGGUGGCCUACGAGCAGAUGUUCCUGGCCAUGAUGGCCCAUUAUAUGCAGCACAUGGCGCAGCAUAUGCCCAUGUUCCAGCCACCUCCGCCACCGCAGCCGCAGCCGCGCAUCGUCACCUUUAAGACAUUGAAGGAUAAUGGAGCGGAAGAGUUUCGAGGAGACAAGAUGGGGGAGCCCCAGAUUGCGUUGGAUUGGCUUGAGCAGAUGGACCAGGUGCUCAAGAAUUUUAGAGUCCCUGAUGCAGAUCGCUCAGAGUUGGCGACACAGAUGUUCCGGAAGGGAGCAUAUGAUUGGUGGAAACGCAUUGACCAGGAUCCACACACGCCCAAGCCUUGGACCUGGGAUCGGUUUGAUCGAGCUUUCACGAAGGAGUAUGUCCCCACCCGGUACCGUGAGGAGAGGCGCGAUGAGUUCGUUGCGCUGAAGCAGGAGGGGAUGUCACUGCCUGAACUGAGACAGAAGUUCGACUACCUGUCCCAGUAUGCGACGAGUCUGGUCUCCACUCCGGAGGAUCGUUUGAAUGAGUUCGUCAAGAAGCUAUGGCCGGACCUGAAGCCGUAUGCCGCGCUGAUCACGACGAUAGAUUUUAAUGCGGGUAAUGAUUUGAUUGUGAAAACGGAAAAGAGCUUGGACGAUUUGCAGGCGACCAAGAAGGAGGAUCGAGCGACGAAAGACCCGCGACCUGCGGCCAGUGCCAGGCCGAGCGGGAAGAGUUUUGGAUUCGGGGGAAAGAGGUACGAGAAGGGCUCUUCGAGUGCGCCGCUGCCUAAGAGGAGUAAGUCGAAGCCAUAUCCGUCGGCCGCCGCUAGCAACGCAAUCAGAACGAAGAGCCACCCGCAGUGUGUACAGUGUGGUAGGCAUCACCCGGGCGAGUGUUGGCUCGCCCAAGGUUUAUGUUUGGGUUGUGGUCAGCCAGGGCAUUUCAGGAGGCAUUGCCCGACAAACCCUAGCAGCGAGCCUAUUUUUCCUAGAGCUCCGGAUCAGCCUGCCGCAUCGCAUCCAGCACGAAGUCAGCAGUCUACGGCCGCAAAUAAUCAGCAGAGAUCACGUCCGCAACAGACAGGCCGUGCGCCAGCGCGUACCUACGCCAUGCAGGGGCACACAGAUCCUAAUCCCGAUGUUAUCCUGGGUACAUACAUACUAUUUGAUUCGGUUGUGCAUGCCUUGAUCGAUCCGGGUUCCACGCUCUCUUAUAUCUGUGUUAUCAUGCCUGCUAAUUCUGCGAUCAUGAGGAGUGACCUUGAGAUACCUACCGUCGUAUUGAAUCCGCUAGGACAUAGCAUGCGUCUUCAUCACAUUUAUCAUAGGUGUCCGUUGUCCGCGCAAGGGAAGCAAUUCCCUGCAGAUUUGAUAGAGCUACCACACAAGGAGUUUGACAUUAUCCUUGAUGAGAGUGGAUCGAGUAGUUCCCCUUCGAUCAAUCACUUUGAAGAUGAUGAAGAGACGCCCGCGGAAGAGCAGCCGGACCGUUCCUUGAGGAACGAUCAACUGGAGGAAAGUAGCAGAGCAGACAGGCUAAAGACGGUCGACCAGAUGGACCGUUCUGAUGUCCACGAUCAACCGUUUAAGAGGCAGAAAGACGGGUUCCUAAGAGAUGAUCAAACGGUUGACCAGGUGGACCGUCCUCAUAUCCACGGUCGACCGUCCGAGAGGCAGAAUGACGGUUCUUUGGGAGAUGAUCAAACGGUCGACUGUGAUGAGGAAGACGGUCGACCGUCUCCGAGAGUAAACGUGACACGUCAGCUGCUCAUCUCUCCCUUCCGCCGCCACCGCAGCGUACUACUCAUACGGAUGUUCCAUAGAAUCUGCAACGGCGCGCCGCCGCCGCCGUCGGAAACUUCGACAAGUUCCGAUUAUUUCACCGUGGAACACACUUCAGAAGAAUUUUACCCACAUCACGUCCUGGCUUCUCACGAAAACGCGUUCCGCUUCUUCGCCGGCGUCCUCUCCCGUCGUUUCGGAUGGAAUCCGUACCGCCGGCGUAGUAUUCACCGGGGAAUCGCCCACCGUCUCGCCAACGGCGCUCUGAGACGUCCGUUGAGCAGUCGCUAUUUCGACGCCGGGGUUUUCAUCUCCGUCGAGUUGGAAACGUUUUACAUUGAGGACUUUUACGGCGAGGGAGAGGGAAGGGCGGCGGGGUUGCCGGAGAGUGAUAUUAUGCGGCUGGAGUCGGGAAAGUGGGACGGCCGCGGAGUCGCCGGGGAGUCGUGCAGGGUGUGUUUGGAGGGAAUAUUGGACGGAGAAACUGUCGCCAGGUUGACGCCGUCAUGUUCGCAUGCAUUCCACAAGGAUUGCAUUGUUGCGUGGCUGAAGAAAAACCAAACGUGCCCUCUCUGCCGUACCGUCGUCAACUUGCAGAAUAAGACCGGCGUAAGUGGUCACCAUUAUAUAUUUGUAUUGUCACAUUUUUUUUAAAAAAAAUAAAAUAAAAUAACAAACCAUACGUGCCCUCUCUGCCCUACCGUGCAACUCAAAAAAGUCACUCUCCAUACAUCGUUACAAAAUUGAUAGUUUAACUGCAAAAACAUGUUUUCCAUUUCUAAAUUAACCCAUCUCACAACUAGGUAAAUUGCUGUCUGCAAAUUUAGUUGAAACUUAAAUAACAAAUUUUGUGCCUG